AUGGGCGCCUCCAAAGUAACCAAGACACCGUCGAAAGCCGCGACCAAGGUCAAGACGCCUGCAAAACGAAAUGGCGUCCCCAACAAGAGCAUUUUAACCUUCUUUCAGAAGGUCGAUCGGCCGGAUGAUCCUAUGUUUCUGACUGGCGGCCAGCCAGCAUCAAUCGCAAAUAUCGAAGACGAAGACAUAUACGGAAAUGACGAUGAGCCGAAGCUGGAAGAACGGUUUAAUGAAUCACAGGGGUCCGUGAAGAGGAGGAAACUGAGUGACGCGGAAGACAAGGAGAACGAUAUUCUAUCGUCGAGCUUCAGCAAGCAUCCAAUCGAGAAAAGUCCGCCACCAACUACUACGAAGCCAGCCCCGCCGAAGAAGCGACGAGGAGGAUUCCUUGAUGAUUCGGACUCGGAAUCUGAUGACGGCUCUCCUAAUAUUACACCAUUGCAAGACAUGAAAGACACCUCGUCUAAAGAUGACAAGAUAUGGCCGACAGCAUUAAAGCCCGCAGUUGUGGAAAAGGUUUCGUCAUCCGGCCCGAUCAUCCCCAAACUCAAGCAUGAAGAAUCUACCAAUGGCGACUUUGGGGAAUUCGGAGACUUGGAAGAUUUUAAUGAUGAGGCAUUCGAGGGUGAGGAGUUUCGGGAGAUGCGAUUCAUGAAAGAGCAGGCUCGCCUCGAGGCUGAAGAGGCAGGUAACUACAGCUGUGACGAUGGAUUUGAGACAUUGAUGGACGACGAUAACAUGGCCCCAAGCUGCCCAAUAUGCGGCGGGAGUCUCGACGGAGUUUCGUCUGAUCAAGCAACAGUACAUGUCAAUUCAUGUCUCGACGGCAACCCGACUCCACUCCCCAAGUCAAGUAAGCCACCACCGACAGCAGAAUCGCCAACGCCCGUAAAACAUGAGACGGUAUCCGGCUCCGAAGUAGGCAAACGAUUCGCCCGCGCUGCUGUUGCUCGACCCGGUCAAGCAAACCCCAUUAGUAUUGGCGGUUCCGGUCCAACGAAGAACGAGUCUGGAUCGGCGUUCUCCAAAUUGAUGUCUGGCCACGCCGAGGACAACGCUUGGGCCACUGCUGCUGCCGCUGAACAUGCAGCCCGUGGAAAGCCCGCAUAUCAACGGACAUGCCCGUUUUACAAGAUAAUGCCAGGCUUCUUCAUCUGCGUCGAUGCCUUCAGAUAUGGUGCUGUGGAGGGCUGCCGGGCCUACUUCCUCAGCCACUUUCACAGUGAUCACUAUGUUGGUCUUACAUCUCACUGGACCCAUGGACCUAUCUACUGUAGCAAGGUCACCGGCAGUCUAGUGAAGUCUCAGCUUAAAGUUGCCGAGCAGUAUGUGAUAGAGCUUGAGUUCGAGAAGAAGGUACCGAUCCCUGGAACAGAGGGCGUGACUGUCACCAUGAUACCUGCAAAUCAUUGCCCCGGCAGCUCACUCUUCCUAUUCGAGAAGCUCACUGGAAAUCAAAAUCCCAAUGCGAACUCUAAGGAGAAACGAAUGCAGAGAAUUCUACACUGCGGCGAUUUUCGCGCAUGUCCAGCACACGUAGAGCACCCGCAACUGAAGGCGGAGACAAUGGACGCAUUAGGGAAGGUCAAGCAACAGAAGAUUGAUGUUUGCUACCUCGACACCACAUAUCUGAACCCGCGGUACUCAUUCCCACCGCAAGACGAUGUCAUCAACUCUUCUGCGCAGCUCUGUUCGGAUCUGGACAAGAGUUUGAGAACUGAUGACGAGUCCGAGUGGAACAGAGUCCUCAGGCGUCGUGAGGGCGGCGGUGCGGCAGGCAAUGACACUGUCAGUCGGUUCUUCGCAGCAACUGACAGGGCCAACGAAAAGGACGGCAAUGGCAAGCCCGAAAUACCUCCAAAUGCUCUGUCGAUACUUGGACAGCCGAACCCUAAGAAUCGCAAUCGCCUUCUUGUCGUCUGCGGGACUUACUCCAUUGGCAAGGAACGGAUUUGCAAGGCCAUCGCCUUGGCCCUGAAGACGAAGAUUUUCGCCUCGGCAGCCAAGAUCCGCAUUUGCCAGCAGCUCGGCGACCCUGAGCUUUCAGCGUUGAUGACUUCGAACCCGACCGAGGCCCAAGUACACAUGCAGAUGCUGAUGGAGAUCCGGGCCGAGACGCUCGCCGAGUACUUAGAGUCGUACCGCCCACACUUCGGGCGCAUUGUCGGCUUCCGCCCAUCCGGAUGGAAUUACCGGCCUACGAUGGCGAACAAUGGUGGCAAUGGCGGCGGCAAGGGGGUCGCGGCAGCUGCAGUGAAUGCCAACAUGCCGCCCAGUAGCAUGCCGACCACACAGCUGCUACACGGUCCUGCCUGGCGCACUCGAUUCGGUGUGAAAGACUUGAUCCCGCAGAGGGGCAGCACAAAGGACGCCAUGUGUUUUGGAGUGCCUUAUAGCGAACAUAGCAGUUUCAGAGAACUAGCGCUGUUCGUAAUGAGUCUCCGUAUCGAGAAGGUCGUACCUACAGUCAACGUUGGCAGCGAACCAUCACGGAGGCGGAUGAAGGGAUGGACAGAUCGCUGGCUAUCAGAGCGGAGGAAGGGCGGCGUCACGAGAGUUCUCAUAGGUAGUGAGGAAGAGGAUGCUGCCGAAGACAAGAAGCAGCCCUCUUUGUGGGACGGCAAAGAUGGUCGAGGUGGUGCAGUGUAUUGGUAG